CAUUCUUUCCUCGAAAACUUCUUUCUUUUCUUUCCUUCUAGGAUUCUGUCGCUAUUCUUUUCCGAACAACCUAUAUAUAUUCACCUUCCCUACUCAACAUUUUCAACACCAGCAACAUUUUCAAGCUUUGGAUUCUUAUUAUUAAUUAUUAUUACUAGCAUUUAUUAGUUGCAAAUGGCAUCGCGAAAUGGGGUUGUCUUUGAAGAUUUCUUUCCAGCAAUGGUGGAGAAGCUUGGAGCAGAUGGGUUUAUGAAGGAGCUGUGUAAUGGGUUUCGGUUGUUGAUGGAUCGAGAGAAGGGUGUGAUCACUUUCGAGAGCUUGAAGCGGAAUGCGAAGCAGCUUGGGUUGCAAGAUAUGAGCGAUGAUGAAGUAAUGUGUAUGUUGAGAGAAGGUGAUUUGGAUGGGGAUGGAGCUUUGAAUGAGAUGGAGUUUUGUACUCUCAUGUUCAGGUUGAGUCCUGGUUUGAUGAGGAAUUCAAGAAAAUGGCUCGUUGAAGCUCUUCUUAGUGAAAUAUAGUUUUUUUUUUUUUUUUUUUUUU